AUGUCCGAGACUCGAGCCUUCACAGUUCGACCGCUGUCAAAACAAACAAGAACUGAUCAUAGAGAUGCCUUUCGCGUUUAUCUCUCCUCGUCGUCCUUGGCUUUUCUGAAGCUCAGAGCUGGAGAUGUGUGCAGCAUUAGUCUCGCCGACGGUCCAUCGAGAACGGCAAUAGCUUGGAACGCGACCGAGAACAUUCAGAAUACGGUUGUACAGACCUCAAGAACUCUUCAGGAAUGUUAUGGGUUCAAAAUUGGGGAGAAGAUUACAAUAUGCAAGGUCGAUGGGCCCCUGAAUAAGAUCGACAAAGUCUCCAUUAUAGAGUGUUCAGAUAGUGAUAGGAUUGCAAGAUACGGCGCGAUUCCACCCUCCGACAUAAUCCACUGGUCAUGGUCCCUGGAGUUUCCUCUUCUGAAAUGCGAUGGCAUUACUGUUGGCCUAGUAUUUGAGGUAGAGCUUAGGGGCCAACGCCGGAGCUUCAGAGUGGCAGAUAUCUCAGGUGAAGAUGGAAGUACUACCUGUACUCUCUUCAGGUUCGCUGAAACCAGCGAGAUCAUAAUGGGCGAAGAUCUUAAGAAACCUCUAGAGCGCGGAACCUCCAAUAUCCAAGUGCGGCCGACUGGGCUGGGAGGGAUGGACCGGCAAAUCGAGAGUAUCAAUGAAAGUCUUGCUGACUUUAACCCUGGUCUAGACAAUCUAGUAAUGCCUUCAUUCUAUGAACACAGUCGAGGCAUUCUUCUUUAUGGUCCGAAGGGAACAGGUAAGACGGCGCUUCUGGAACAGAUUAAAGCAGCAGGGUGGAGGCAAACAUUUCAUAUUGGGUCCUCAGCCUUCGGCCGCAAUAUUGGAGAUGCCGAAUCCAAGAUGCGCAAUAUAUUCCAAGAAGCAAUGCGUUCUCAACCCAGUGCAAUCCUGAUUGACCAGGUGGAGUUCAUUGCGCCUAGACGGACAUCGCUCGAUAGCCAGUCGUUGGCAUCGGUUCUAUGCGAAUGCAUCGACGCUACAAAGAAUGCAUUCGUUUUGAUCGUGGCUGCAACCCGUCAUCCGAAUGAUGUCGAUGAUGCCCUGAGGACACCGCAUCGACUAGCAACUGAGAUUGAACUGCAUAUUCCGACAGCACAGGAUCGAGCCAAAAUAUUGCGUGCUAUAUGUGGAUCCCCAUCCCCAGCAUUGAGCGAUACCCUCAUAGACUUGAUAGCGGAGAAAACCCAUGGUUACGUGGGUGCCGAUCUCUUCGCUUUGCUUCAGUUGAUUAGUCGCAAGGCACGGCAAAGACAGAUGUUGGAACCUGAGCUUUGUUUUAGUGACAAACGCAUACCUGCCGAUAAUGCUGUUGAAGGUCUGGCCACUCCUGAAACAGGCAUAGCUAUACAUAUCAAGGACGUUGAUGUCCUAUCAGCCCUACAGGAAACUCGACCUACUGCUAUGCGGGAAGUGUUCUUGGAGACGCCCAAGGUCAGGUGGUCCGACAUUGGUGGGCAGCACGAGAUUAAGAGACGUUUGCAGAAAGCAGUGGAGCGUCCAUUGAAGCAUCCCGAGCGAAUGAGGAGGCUUAAUUUGACCAGCAAGAAAGGUGUACUUCUUUACGGGCCACCUGGAUGCUCUAAGACGUUGACGGUGAAAGCAUUGGCCACGGAAGCAGGGCUCAACUUCCUGGCAGUCAAGGGAGCCGAGAUCCUAAGCAUGUACGUCGGAGAAUCUGAACGAGCAUUAAGGGAAAUCUUUCGAAAAGCUCGGUCUGCAAGGCCCAGCAUCAUAUUCUUCGAUGAGAUAGACGCUAUCGCCUCGAAACGUGGCACUUCAUCACAAGGCGGGGUUAAUGUUCUUACAACUCUUCUCAAUGAAAUGGAUGGCAUCGAGGAGCUUAAAAGUGUCCUAGUCAUCGCCGCUACAAACAAACCUGAAGUGAUAGACCCGGCGUUGAUGCGCCCCGGUCGAUUGGACAAUAUACUUUACAUAGGACCUCCCGACUACGAGGCGCGGAAGGAGAUUUUGGACAUAUGGUUCCGCAAAUCCGUCAUUAACCCGGAAGUUGAGGUGGACGUGUUGGCCAUGAAAACUGACGGAUAUUCAGGGGCUGAGAUCGUGAGCAUAUGUGAGACAGCCGGUGAUGCUGCGUUGGAUGCAGAAGAGGAGACCGGCGAAGCGCAAGAUAUCCGAUGGGAGCAUUUCGAGUAUGCGCUUAAGCAGGUGAAGAGACAAAUAACGGCUGCUGUUGUUGAAGCGUACGAACAGUGGGGUGACUCUGUUGACAUAUGA